AUGUUUAAUUGUCAAAAGCGCAGUAAACCUAAAAACGAAAAGAUAAUGCGUUGGCGGAUCGAACUAGCCCAGUAUCAAUUUGAUAUCAUUUACCGCCAAGGCAAGUUUAAUGUUGCAUCUGAUGCUUUAUCGCGUACUUAUUGCGCAGCUACGACUGAUAAAGAACUCUAUCGUAUUCAUGCAGCGCUGUGUCAUCCUCGGAUCACACGAUUGUUUCAUUAUAUUAAAGUUAAGAAUUUACCUUACUCUGUAGAUGAUGUAAAGCGUAUAACUAACAAUUGUGUAAUAUGUUGUGAAGUGAAGCCUCGCUUUACUAAAACCUCUGUUUCCUCAGGAAUUAAAUCUACUCAAGCUUUUGAAAGAUUGAAUCUUGAUUUUAAAGGACCCCUACCUUCAGUGUCUUUUAAAGGACCCCUACCUUCAGUGUCAAAGAACCAUUAUUUUUUAACUGUUGUGGAUGAGUAUUCACGUUUUUCGUUUAUUUUUCCAUGUACUAAUACUAGUGGUCAUUCCGUUAUUAGUAAUUUGAAGGUUUUGUUUAGUCUUUUCGGAUUUCCUGCUGUUAUUCAUAGUGGAAAUGCUAAAUGUUUUGCAUCCAAAGAACUUAACAAUUUCUGUAUGAUAGGGGAAUAG